UAUAGUGAUGGCAGGUGUAAAAAGAGUGUCGUUAACGAUGCAACAGCGACUGGACGUUCUCAAGGAUCUAGAGACAUCUUCCAUCGCAACUGUCGCUGCAAAAUAUAAUGUGCACUACACCACGGUUCGUCGUAUAAAACAAAAAGCGGCGGUGAUUGGUGAAUUUGAAGACCAAGAUUCGAAGGCAAAGCGACGACAGAGGGUCAGAAAACCAAAGUUCGAGGAAUUGGAGGAACGCCUGUUGAAAUGGUUUAUAGAAAGGAGAACCGUAGGAGACUACAUAUCAGACGCGCUGCUAAUUGAAAAAGCAACCGAAUUGAAAGAGGAGUUUGGAGCCCCUUCACAAUUUAAAGUGAGCAAGGGAUGGCUCGCAAAAUUUAAAAGACGCAACAACAUCAGAUUAGUUCGUGUAUACGGUGAAAAAGCCAGUGCCGAUGAAGAUGGAGCACGUAAAUUUGUGGCUGACUUCCAAACUUUCAUGGAAGACGAAGAAAUAAAUCCGGAAAAUGUGUAUAACAUGGAUGAAAGUGCACUGCUGUGGAAGGCUUUGCCAGUGAAAACUCUGGUGAGUGCAACAGAAAAGUGUGUAAGUGGCCAUAAAAUGAAAAAAGAAAGACUCACGAUAGGACUGUGCGCCAAUGCAACCGGAACACAUAAACUUAUGCCCUUUUUAAUUUAUAAAUAUAAACAGCCAAGAGCAUUAAAAAAUGUUAUGAAUCGACGUCCGGUAGUAUUUCGGGCUCAAGCUAAUGCAUGGAUGAGCCAAAGUUUAUUCUUAGAUUGGGUGGAUAAUUGUUUUAAACAAUCUGUUAGACAAUAUCAGUUAGAAAAUGGAUUAUGCGGAAAAGUUGUGUUAAUAAUUAACAAUUGUGCGAGUCAUAAACUACCAAUCAAUUACGUGCAGGAUGACCAUUUUUUAAUCAAAUAUUUAGCACCUAACACCACAUCUUUGAUCCAACCAAUGGACCAAGGAAUUAUUGCUAAAUUCAAACGCAGUUUCCGCCAUAAAUUAACACAGCGGCUUGUCACUUACGGAAGUGGUGCAGAACAAUUUUUUAAAACAUACACAAUAAAAGAUUGCAUAGACAUGAUUAGUGAAGCUUGGAGCGAAGUGACAUGCAGUAAUAUCAGAAAUUGUUGGAACAAAAUCAUUUCAAAAACAGAUGAAGAAGAAGAACAAGAAGAGGAAGAAAACCUUGUACCGGAAAUGCAACAACUUUUGACGAGCAUUUCGGAGCAUAAUGUAACCUCCGAAGAAGUUGAAGAAUAUUUGAAUGAGUGUAGUGAGGAGGAAGAAACAUAUUCAAGAAAAAUUGAUGAUACGGACGAAAGCAGAGACAAAGACAAGGAUGAAGAAAGGGUUGAAGACAAGGAUGAAGAAAGAGAAGAACCAUGGGAAGAAGACCAGGAAGAAGAAAGCAACGAAAGUGACAGAACACAAGAACGUGGGAUCCCAGUAAACAGAGAAGAAAGACAGGAAUUGGAAGAUAUUUUCAGACGUUUGGAGCGUUAUAAAAACCGCAUCCCACGUUCGUCUGAAUUGCUUUUAGAAGCAAUGAAAUUAUUAUUCUUAGGUAAGACAACUUAUUCAAAAAAUUAA